CAGUGUAAUAUGUUCUCAAUCGGGAGUGGGCAGAGAGCUUCAGAGGGACUGAGGGGAGCAGACAUAAGGGGAACAAGGACUCAGAUAAGGAGAAAGGGGCAGACAGCAAAAGGGAGACACAGAAGGGGUAAGAGGGAAAAGAGGAAGAGAUCAUAAGGACCUCAGGACCAUGGCUGAAUCCAUCACCUAUGCAGAUCUGCGCUUUGUGAAAUCCCCUCUGAAGAAGAGCCUUUCAGCUAGACUGAAACAGGACCCUGAGGUGGAUGAGGAUGGAGAGCUCACCUAUGAAAAUGUUCAAGUGCCUUCAGUCAAGGAUGUGUUCCCAAGCCCAGAUCAACCUGUUUGUGAGGGACAAACAGGUGGAGAAAAGACAGAAAAGUCAGUUGCUGUACCUUAUUCAAUGACAUCACCAAUUGCCAGGAGGGUUUUGCCCUGCCCUAUGACCUGGACACCAUACAUUAUCCUGAGCCUGUUGGGCACCUGUUUGCUGUUGGGGAUCACUACUAUCACUGUAGGCAUUCAGUAUAUGCAGCUAUCUCACCAACUCAGUAACAUCAACCAGAUCCUGGAAGUCACCAAUGGUAGCCUGAGGCAGCAACUCCAAAAGGGAACUACCCAGUUGUCAAGUAAGGAAAAGGAUCUGCAGGUUACCAGGGAAGACCUGGCCCAGACCCAGAAGGAACUGAAGGUAGAAAAGGAUCAGCACAAAACUACUGAAAACCUCCUGCUGACCUGCAGGUUGGAAUGGAAUAAGACAAAACUGAGCUUGGAGAACAAUAUAGAGCAGAAGAGAAACCUGGAAGAAAAGCUGAAUGAGAAGAGAAACCUGGAAGAAAAGCUGAACAUCUUGCAGAAUCGGCUGAAGCAAGUCCAGUCCCUUUUCAGUUGCUCAUUCCCAAGAAGUAGUAUGGGAUUUGAUAGAAGAGAAGGUGAGGAGUGGAGACAUUUUUACCACUGCCAAGAAUACUGCUGUCCCUUGGGGUGGACAUUAUUUAAGAACAAAUGCCUGUACAUGUCAAGCUGUGAGAAGACUUGGAAAGAGAGUGACUCGUUUUGUCAAUCUCUGUCUUCAAAUCUACUUAUGGUGAAUUCAUUGGAAGAAAAAUACUCUGACCUUCAAUCAAUAAAGAAGAUAUUUAAACAAAAAACUUCAAAUCCUAAUUUCUGGGUCCAGGGAUGGCAAACUAAUCACAAAUCACUUAGAGAUCGAAGCAUGUGUCCAGUGAUUAAAUAUUUCUACACUACUUCUGAAAAGUGUAGCGAGAGUUUCUAUUUCAUCUGUGAGAAACAAGCCAUUGAACAACAAGCCAUUGAAUGUCCUGUUGAGAUCGAGGACCACUUCUUUCCCUGAGCUGGGUCCAGAGCUUCAGGAUUCAUCUCAAGUCCUCUCGGCUUCUGCAGUCAAGGGCCCAGAUUAAGGACUGAACAAACACUUGUCUAGUCAUUAUUCCCUUCUGCUCCCAUCCUCCAUUUCCAGACAGGUUGGACCACUUCUGGGAAGAGGGGACCAACCUCGAGUAGGGGGAUUUGGAUUCUAGCAUCUUCCUUGAAGCCCCUGGCCCACUCCUGGGCCUCCAUGAGAGAUAUUUACUCUAGGAGAGGGGGUGAGAAGGAAAGGGAAGAGGAUACAUGGGCAGAUUGGGUGCGGGCGGCCCGGAGCCAGCCAGGCAGUUUUAUUGAAAUACUUUUAAAUAAUUUGUGUGUUA